CCUACCAAUCGCACCUGCAGCGCAUCCCUAACCAGGAACACCUUACCACCCUAGCUGGGAGCUUUCAGUUAGGUAGUUUCCCAUUUUGAAGUUCAAGCAGUAAAGGCCUUGAACUUGAACCCGGAAAGCACCGCCGCUUAACACUAGAUUGUAUUGAAAGUGCAUACCUUGUAUCUUCGUAAGCCUACACCUACAACUCGAUAAAUUUGCAAUGUGUAGCCGCUUGUGGACAUAGCCAUAGGAAAUUCCCCCAAGAUUUUCCCACUACGCGCCACGCGCUCGCUAUCACGCUACGCGAACAGAAGGCGCCCACUUCGCCGACGACAACAAUGGCCGAUCCCGCUGUUGACGACAAGCCCACAAACGCAGCCGCGGCUGUGCAUUCCACACAUGAACAAGCAUCCAGUGAAGCCAAUCCGGUGCCUGAGGAUGCCAUGGACCUCGAUGAGGAUGCCAAACCGAAUACCACCGUCAACGAAACCACUGCUACUUCUCGCGGUAACUCGGACAGUGCACCAUCCCAACCACACAACCCAGAGCUGCAUGCUGAGCGAGACUCGAAACAUGAAGUUCAGCCUGACGCCGAUACCAAGUCUAGCGACGAAGCGAAGGCCGAUCCAACCGCAGACCAAAAGCCAGAAUCACAGACAAAGACAGAGGGGGGUGCAGAAGCGGACGUGGAUGCAGACGCCGACGGCGACCCAACUGAAGGCAGACAGACGCCGAGUCGACUUGACAAUGACAUGCUAAAUGUCAUCGAGAACGUGGCCAAUUACUUGACUGCUUACAAGGACGACGAUGGUUACUACAUCGCAUCUCACUUCCAGCGCAUACCCAACCGUCGCCUCGUGCCCGACUACCAUGAGGUCAUCAAAGAGCCCACCGCCUUUAGUACAGUCCGUACUAAGAAGCUUAAAAAGCAAUACACUGCCUUUUCUGAAUUCGUUAGAGAUGUUGCCCUCAUCAGUCACAACGCCCAGGUUUACAACCGCCCGUCUUCUCAGGUCUUUAAGGAUGCGCUGAGAUUGCGGGAGAUUUUCCAAGAGGAGCUCCAGAAGUUAGUUGAGGAUGAAAUCAUUUCUGCUGAAGACGCUGUUCUUCCCGACUUGGGCGAGAUUCCGGAGGCUGACGAUUCCCCUGACGAGGAGGAGGAUGAAGAAAUGGAAGAAGAAGAUGAUGAUGAGGAUGAAGAUGACGAAGAUGAUGAGGAAUCAUCCUCUGACGAUGAUGAUGAUGAUAGCCGGGGUCGUCACAGGCGCAAAGGUCGUGAAGAUCAAACAUAUGGUUCACGAGCCGGCGAGUCGCAGAAAACUCGUGGUCGCCCACCCAAGGUCUUCACACCCGUGGAGGCACGAAUCUACAGCCUGCUCCAGGGUCUUCGCAAAUUGAAACACCCCAAUGGUGAUCUUUUAAUCUACCCUUUCGAAAGACUUCCCGACAAGUCCAGUAAUCCCGACUACUAUACAACCAUCGCGAACCCAAUAGCUCUUGACAUCAUCAAGAAGAAAUACAAGAGGAAGAAGUACCAGACCGUAGAUCAGGCCAUGCAAGAUAUCGAUAUGAUGUUUGAAAAUGCUAAGGAAUAUAAUAUAGAGACAAGCCAGCUAUAUAAAGAUGCUGUGCAAUUGCAGAAUCAUGCCCGUGAGCUUGCGGAACAGGAGAAGACGCGGCCGGACAACGAUUUUGAGGACGAGAACGGUCGGCGGCCUGUAGCUGAGAUCUAUCACAGAGGCGAGACCUGGAGAGUCGGCGAUUGGGUUCAUAUAACCAAUGCCAACGAUUUGACAAAGCCCAUAAUCGCUCAGAUCUACCGGACCUGGCAAGACCGUCAAGGACAGCAAUGGGUGAAUGCCUGUUGGUACUACAGGCCGGAGCAAACGGUGCAUCGCCAUGACAAGUUCUUCUUCAUGAAUGAGGUGGUCAAGACUGGGCAGUAUCGAGAUCACAGAAUUGAUGAAGUUGUGGAUCGGUGCUUCGUCAUGUUCGUGACGCGAUACGACAAAGGUAGACCCCGCGGGUUCCCAAGGGACAAAGAAGUAUACAUCUGCAAAUCGCGAUACAACGAAGAGAACCACCGGCUUAAUAAGAUUAAGACAUGGACGACCUGUUUACCUGAUGAGGUGCGCGAAAAGGAUUACGAGAUGGACUUAUUUGACGUUCCUCGGAGCCUUAAGAAGAUCCCUAGUCCCAUUAAACAUCUUCUCCGUUACGAUGCCAAAGCCACAGAUCCUCUUCCCAAACCAACUUGGGGAGCACCCAAUGCACCGCCUCUAGUGGGAGCUGUGCACUGUCGGGAGAGAGAGCCCAAUGAAUCCCCGCCACCUGAAUCAUUAACUGCUCCAGUACCAGCCCCCAUCGAACCAAUACGCCGCCAAUCCACGAUGCAGACCACUCGCCCUGUGGAUGGCCAGGGAGACAUCAGCAUGAGCAACACCGGACAUUUCUCGACUAUACCAGCUCAGCCAGCACCCGCCACAAACGGCCAUACAGCGCCGGCGUAUACGGCUCACUAUACGCCGCGCCCUAGCGCUACCCCAGUCCCUGUUCCACAGUAUGGCGCUCACACAUUCCAGUCCGCGCAUGUCCCGACGCCACAGAUGCCCCCUCAGGCUCCGCCGUAUCAGUCGCAUCCACCGCACCAGACACAUCAAAAUCCAGCCUAUAAUGGCUUUCAGUCACAAUACACUCCCACCCCCGUCCCUAUGCCUCCUCAGCCUCACCACGUCCCUCCAAACCAGAUGACCAAUCCGAUCGUGCCCUAUGACCCAUCACAACGUUUAGCGCCUUCGCCUGCCCGCGGUUCGGUCGUACCGGUACCGAGUGCUAGCACUCACGUGCAGGCCAACGCAUACAAUCCGCCCCGUCCGAUCGAGGUGUACAAGCUUGACGAUGCCACUAACGCUAGCGUUCCGGCCGACGUCCGCGAACAAUUCCUACGGGAUGAAGCAGGCAAUGUUCUCUUCUUUACGCAGCCACCCCUUGAUAGGGUGCAUCGUGGCGUGUCCAACGAGCACGCGAAUCUCGGACACAGCGUCCGCUAUCUGGCUGAUCGGGCGCGUCAGGUGACAGACCGUCGUGCAAAGCGCAAAGCUAGAGAUGAGAUGCGCAAAGAGGAGGAGGCGAAGCGACUCGCAUCAGAACAGGAAGCUGCAGAGACAGAAAAACAACAACAGAUAGACUCGGCUGCCAAAAUCUUCCUAGGCUGGGCCCAGAGCAUCCAAGACGAGGCCGAUGUGCUUGAAGCCAGCUACGGCGGAUGGGGCGUCAACAAGAACAAUGAUAUUGAUGCCGUCUGAUUGAAUAGAUUCACAGUGGGGCUCGGCAGUGACAAAAUAGCCAACUCGGUCAAGAUGACGGACUAGGCUCGAGGCGUUUCAUUGGGGGAUGGGGCAAACUACUAUGUGGGUACAUAUAUGACCUCAACCUACAACAUGCUAUCUUUUUGGCAUUCAUUUUAUUAUAUCACAGCCCCAGAAGACCGGUGAUGGUUCAAAAGGGUUCGAUAUACUAUUGAGUAAUGUCAAUCCUGCAUUCUAUAAUCCAGGUUAGCGUCCAAGGGGGGUCAAACAAAGUGUCUAUUCUACCGCCGUUAUAAAUCCAACGGGUGUUGCGAUUGCGUCGGCUUUACCCCACAGAGUCGCCACAGGCACAUCAGGAUGAAUCAAUAAUGCUCACAUAAUAGGGAGUAUAUUUGUAGAAUACAUUCAGUCUUCCAACCAGGACGCCACGAUGCUGAAAUAAAUAUGUGUGUGUAUUGAUUUUAAUUUUUUAAAAAUUUUUUA